CGUCCCUACUGCCCUCGCGCAGCAACCAACGCAGCUCUCACAACUCAUCGGCGUAUGUCCCUGCUGCUGCAACCCUCCGCCAUCGUGCUCGCCGCCGUCGCCUCCAGGCCCGCACUCGCGGCCACUCCCGCCAUGUCUGGCCGCCGGCAAACACUUGCAGCCGCCGCCGCCGCCGCCGCCGCCGGCAACACCGCCUCUGCUCGCGCUUGGUGCGGCGAUCCGUACCCGCCGUUCGCAUACUCGCUGCCGUGGUUCGAAUUUGACUCGUCGGGCUGUGCCGUGCGGGUGGUCGGCGACCUCACCUCGGAGAGCGGCAAAGGACUGCGGCCUCUGGUGGCGUUGCCGACGCCGGGCCUCUCGUACGACUACCUCGAAAACCUGGAGGCGCUCACGGUCUCCCAGCGGCGCGUCGCCUUCAUCGCCGUGCCGCCCGCGGCGUCCCUGCCCGCCGCAACACGCGCGGCCGUCGAUGCGAUCGGCUCGCUCGACGCCAAGCGCGGCGUGCAUCUCUUGGCGCACGGCCUGGCCGCCCCAGUCGCGCUCGCCGCCGCCGCCGCCGCGCCUCCCGGCGCAGUGGCGUCGCUCCUCCUCUCCUCGCCCCUCAGCCAGCCUGGAGACGCCGAGCCGGCGAGUGCGCGCGCGAUCGCUGCGUCCACUGCGCCGCUCCUCGCCACCGCCUCCGCUAGCAGCAGCACGGUCUGUGUCGGCGCGUCCCUCGCGAGGCCCGCGGCGGCAGAGCUGCAUCGCGCUUUCGCCGCCAACGAGCUGCCGCCGCUGCCGGCGCUCGUGCGGGCGCUGCGCUCGCCGCCGCCGCCGCUGCUCCUCGCGCACGGCGGCGCCUCCGACGUGUCCUCGGCCGCGGCCGUGGACGCGCUCGCUGCCGCAGCCGAAGGCCGCGCCGAGGUGUCGUUGUUUGCGCGCUCGGGCCCGCUUCCGAUGGUGGACGAGAAGGCGGCCUACGCCGAGGCGGUGCUGCACUUUCUCGACUCGGUCGACGGCGCGACGACGAGAAGGGUCGUGGUGAGCGGUGGGGACCAGCGGGUGGCGGGUCGCAUCUAGAGGCGCUUUGCGCAAAAAGGAAAAAAUCUCGUGUCUUAUUUUGUUUUUUCUCGAUCUCGUACUCGUUUUACGAGUUC